AUGAACGUGGAGCUUGACAGCGCCGUGGGUGUUUGUGGCUGUGACGGAGCUCGGCGCGUGACCGGCAGGAGCUGGAACACCCGGGGGGAGCUCCUGGAGCUAAGGGCGCCGGGGCCCGUGCGGGGACACAGCCACGAGCCGCACAAGGCUUUCGCCCUGAAGCGCAGAGUCCAGCCUAAAGUGAACGUGCCCGCCUCCAAGAAGGGGCCCCUGCAGCACCCCAACCUGCUUGUCUGCCACGUGACAGAUUUCUAUCCAGGCAACAUUCAAGUCCGCUGGUUCCAGAAUGGACAGGAGGAAACAGUGCAGCUUGUGUCCACCAAUCUAAUCCAUAACGGAGACUGGACCUUCCAGAUCCUGGUGAUGCUGAAAAUGAGCCCCCAACAGGGAGACGUCUAUACCUGCCAAGUGGAGCACCCCAGCUUGGACAGUCCUGUCACUGUAGACUGGAAGGCUCAGUCAGAUUCUUCCCGGACCAAGAUGCUGACUGGAGUCAGGGGCCUUGUGCUGGGGCUCUUUGCCCUCGUGGACGACAAGGACCUCAGCCAAUAG